ACUCUUGCAUGGGAAAUGGGUCUGGCCGGCUGGUGGCGUCAUCGCGCCAUUGUUUGACAACCACAAGCGAACACCGUAUGUGACGUCAUCAGCCCGCGACAAUCACAACGAAAACAAGCCCAAUUCCCCACUGGGCGGUUGGAGCGCUGAAGAGAACGACACCCUGGAAGCGAUGCUGCGACCGGAGCCGGGGCGGCCAGAAAGCCCGCGGGACGCGAGGCCAGGUGGGGGUGGGGGUGAGGGUGAGGGUGAGGAGGGUGAGGAGGGGAAUCCGUUCGACUUCGCCCCGCAGCCCGUCCGCCUGCACAGGGACCACGAGCUCUUCGAGGACGGGGACGUCCUCAGGCACCUGUACCUGCAGGACCUCUACGUGUCGGAGGAGGCCGAGGACAAGCGCGCGCUCUGCGUGUCAGAGUUCGCCUGCCACUUUUCCAGCUGCAGUGCAGUCUUCAGCAGUCUGGAGGAGUAUGAGCACCACUACAACUCCCUUCACAGACACGUGUGCUGCUCCUGCCGUCGCUCCCUGCCGAGCGCCCGGCUCCUCGACCUUCACAUCCAGGAGUGGCACGACUCUCUCUUCACUAUCCUCGCCCAGAGGCAAGACAUGUACCAGUGUUUGGUGGAAGGCUGUGGACAGAAGUUCAGAACUAGCAAACACAGGAAGGACCACCUGGUUAGAAUUCACAAAUAUCCCCCAGACUUCAGAUUUGAUAAAACUAAGAAGAACAGAGGAACCCAGCAGACAAAGGGGCAGCAGCAGAAAGACACAGCCAUGGAGGUCGUGGACGAGGUGUGCGAGGGAACGUCUGAUCCACCCGAGCAAGGAGAAUCCAUGGAGACGUAUGUGUGUGAGGAAGAAGCUGCUAGAAUGGCAACGCCUGCCUCUAGUGAGGAGCACGCCGAUGUUUCGGCUGCAGAUCCCAGCACGGAGAGUCCAAGCACCGAGCCACCGAAAGCCCGAUUCUCCUACAGGAUUCCCACAACAGUGUGCUUUGGUCACGGCUCCGUCAGAGGCUUCAGAGGGCGGCGGGGAAGAAGGAAAUGAACCACAAUUGAGUUUUCAUCUAUUUUUACAUCAAUAAGUUUAUACCCUUGUCUUGUGACAAAAUAUGUUGACUGAAUAUGUUAAUGAAUAAGUCGUUGACUUCAAAUAAAAAAUGAUUUGCAUAAACAUUC